CCCUGUGAAAACUCAGAGAGGAAGAUCUUCCCAGAAAUGAGCAGUGUGAUGUUUGAGAGGACAGAAGGACUUCUGCUACAUUCUUCUUCCUCACCAAUGGAUGCCUUCACUCUGCAGGAAAUCAAGGAGCUCCAUUCCCAUAAGAAGAUUUAUUUCCCAGCCUUUGCUCAAUGCUUCCUCUUAUUGAUACUGCAGUUUUUAGCCAAACCGGUUAAAGGAUCUCUCCUACAGGAGACAACCCAGAAGUGGUUUGAAUACAAACAGAAGUGUCUGAAAGAAUUAGAAAAGCGACCAUCUGGUAUAUAUUGUAAUGGAACAUUUGACAGAUAUGCGUGCUGGCCUCAUUCACCUCCAGGAAAUGUCUCUAUUCCCUGUCCUUCAUACUUACCUUGGUGGCAAGAAGAAAGCCCAGGAAGAAUAUACAGACAUUGCUUGGCUGGGGGAACUUGGCAGACUCUGGAGAACUCUACAGACAUUUGGCAGUAUGUCACAGAAUGUUCUGAAAACUUCAGCUUCAAACAAAAUGACGAGCGCUACACAUUGCUUUCAACCUUGCAGAUAAUAUACACCCUGGGAUAUUCUCUCUCACUUAUUUCCCUCUUCUUAGCUCUUAUCAUUCUUCUGUGUCUCAGAAGAAUUCACUGUACUCGUAACUAUAUCCACAUGAAUUUGUUUGGUUCCUUCAUGCUUCGGGCUCUGUCUAUAUUGAUGAAGGAUAUCAUUAUUCAAGAUUCCUACUCAAAAAGACCAGAUGAUGAAAAUGGAUGGAUGUCCUAUAUGUCAGAGUCUUUAUCUACUUGUCGGACUGCACAAGUUCUUGUGCACUACUUUGUUGGAGCCAAUUAUUCAUGGCUUUUAGUUGAAGGUAUAUAUCUGCACACACUAUUGGGACCUUUGGUGCUAUCACAGAAACGUCUCUUACCCAGAUAUAUUUUGCUAGGCUGGGCAUUUCCUGUUUUGUAUGUUGUCCCUUGGUGUAUUACUCGAGCACAACUGGAGAACACAGGAUGCUGGGGGACAAACAAAAAUAUGAAAAUCUGGUGGAUCAUCAGAGGACCUAUGUUACUUUCAAUUACAGUCAAUUUUUUCAUCUUCCUGAAAAUUCUCAGAUUGCUCAUAUCUAAGCUUAAAGCCCAUCAAAUGUGCUUCAGUGAUUAUAAAUACAGGUUGGCAAGAUCCACACUGGUCCUUAUUCCUUUGCUGGGUGUAUAUGAGGUAAUCUGCUCCUUUAUCACCGAUGAACAAGUUGAAGAUUUUUCAAGACAUAUAAGACUCUUCAUUCAGUUAACAAUGAGCUCCUUCCAUGGGCUUCUUGUGGCCUUCCUCUACUGCUUUGCUAAUGAAGAGGUGAAAGCUGAGCUGAGGAAGCACUGGAUUCGUUUCCUGCUUGCCCAUCACAUCAGUUGUGUAGGUUGUGUUCUGGAGAGAAACUUCAAGUACUUUCAGAAACAUUCUAAGAGUCAGGCAAGCCAGCACUUUGGAUGGAAUCAGGGACCAGGAGAGGAUAGGCCUGGAAGCAAUGGGCAACUUUCACACUUGGCUGGAAGGGACCAAGGCACUUUUAGCUCCCAGCCACACCGAGGUAAAGUGGCCCUUCUUGGGGGCAGCCUGUCUGAAAGCAGUGAGGGUGACUUUACCAUCAUUGAUACAACAGAGGAAAUUCUGGAGGGGAGUGAAAUUUAGAAGCCUUUGUAGAAAAGAAGCUUGAAGAAGAUCUGUUCUUCAUUCCUUAACUUCCUUUCCUUACUUUCCUAAAGUGAAUUUCUGAGAUAGGAAAAUGGAAAAUAGAAAAGAAAAAAACCUAGUGCUGCCAAGUAUAGUACAGCAUUACUUUCCCUCAUAAUCACAAUUAAUACUUAGUAUUUAUUCAUUUGUCUUAAAAAAUUUCCUUGUACAUUAGAGACACAGUUCUGUUCAUCUCUACAUAGCUAUACCUGGCAUUCUCAAUCCGUAAUGAUAUAUAGAAUUAUAUCCUGACUGCAUACUUUUCAGAUAUGAAUAUGGGAUAUGAGCCCUCAGUUGGAAUUCAAGGCUGGUGUGUCAAUAAGAAGAGAAAACUUUGAAUAUGGAAAAGUGGAUAUGAAAAAUUGUCUUUUUUUCCAACAACCUGAUCAUUUGAAGGAGAGGAAGAAGCACAAGAAGAAAGAUAAGAAUGAAAAAUAGUGUGAAUGAGAAGGAGGAUGAAGGGGAAAGUAAGAGAGAAACAGAUACCGAAAAACAGAGAGACAGGGACAGUGAAAGAAAGAUUUUUCUGUCAUUUUUUUUUUUUUUUUUGAUGGCCAGUUUCUCAUUCAUAAAUUCUGAUUGCUCUUCCAACUCUCCAGAUCUCAUGAUAGCUCCUUCUAGGUUCCAGAUGCCACUGGGCCGUCAAUUCUUCUAAAGAAAGAAACAUGUUUAUCUUCAAUGAGAAACUUAACAAGAAUCAGCAAAACAAAUCACAAAGCAAAAGCAGUCUAAAACAGAGGUUAGUGUCACUUUAAAUAGUUUAAUGAAGUCUGUGCUCAAAAGUCCUAGAAUAAUACUUUUAAGCACAUAACAUAAAGUAGAUAAGAUUAAAAAAGGAAACCAAUUAUUUGGACAUACAAUUAUCAAAUUUAAAAAGAAAGUUCAUAGACCCUAGACAACGAACCCAUAGUCUAGAACAGAGUUGGAGAACAUCUGGGCUGUGGGCCAUAUAAGGCCCAUGAAAUGAUUUGCUAAGGCAGCCUCAGGUGAUGUUGAGCUGAACGCCAGGAAUAACAACCUCCUACUGCUUGUGUUCUGUAAGCUGAUAAUUUGGCUUACAAAAAAUGUUAUAAAUAUUGAAAUGGCCUAUGGCAGAAAGAGGUUCCCCAUCCCUGAUCUAGAAGAUCAAAAUGUUCAUUUUGUUUUGAUCUUUCUACUAAAUUAUCAAACAACAUUGCUUUGGGUUUCUCAUUUUCAAAGUUCCUUCAAAAAAAAUCAAUAUUGUGAACUUGGAGUGAAUGGAACUGAGUUCAAAUUCCACUUUAAUUAGGUAGCAGACAUAUAUGCUUUAGCUCAUCAAUUCCAGACAUUUGGAAUGUUGUGAAUCUAGUAGAGAAAAUUCCCCAGUGUUUCUAAGGCAUGACUAUAAAAUAAUCAGGCCAAAACUUAAACCACUACUUCUGUAUCUAUGUGAGGCCUACUUUUUAAAAGUCAUCAUAGUGAAAUUAUUCUAAUAAUGCUGUUGCUCAAAAUAUUCUGAGAAUUACUCUUUGGGAUUUUUUUCAGUCAGUUUGAUUCUCCACUCCCAUUCUUUCCAAAUAUGGUCUUAUUUUACUCUUUAUUCAUGCCUCAUAUUUGACUAAGAAUAAUUUGCUCAGCUUAAUCACCUAUCUUAUUCAACACUCAGCACAAAAUGAUUUUUUGAUAAUUUCCAAAAAUCAUAUCUGCUUUUAAAAUGCUACUCCUCAAGACUUAAAAUAAAAAAAAAUCUUCAUCAGGUUUUAAAAAUAUUUUCAAAACUACUCCAUAAUUGUAUGAGUAAAGGUAAUAAGGUUGUGAUAAAUAUACAGUUUUCCAAAGUGAUUACUUUUAAGUGGAUGAGGCUUAUUUGGGUGUAUAAAUUCUGAUCUUGAGUCUACUGUUAAUUAUGUGGCAUUAAGUUAUUUCAGUGGACCUCAGUUUACUUUUGAUGUUCUACCGAACACUGGGUUCUAUUGGGGUUCUUAGAAGAGAUAAAUUGUGAUGGCAGUUAAACAGAUGCAAAAAACUGCUUUGCUAUUAUACAUAAUCAUUUGUAAUGUGCUCAAUUCAGCUUAAAGAGAGAACCAAUGUAAUUGAAAAAUUACCUUCUUAUUGAUCUCAAAUUAAUCAUUGAACACAUCCCUAGUUUGGGAUAUGCCAAAUAUUGGCUGUCACAUUAUUUUAUGUAUACUUUGCCCAGGAUAGAUUGAUUAUCAAGGAUGAUGAGGACUGAUAAAAGACAACUGAAUUUAGAGAUUCGAGAUUGUUGGCAACUUUAGAGAGAAUGUUUGAACAGGAAGAGGGGUCAGAAGCCUGAUUAAUUAGAAGUUAGGGAAUGAGUGGAUGGUGAGAAGUGGAGACAAUAAGAAUGGAAAAUUCUUUCUAAGAACUUGAGUAAAAGGAGGAGAGAUUAUAUAGUAUGAUUAUACAGCUUGAGGGGAUGGCAGACUGAUAGGAAGAUUUAUAGAGAUGGGAAAAAACAGGAAUUCUUAUAGGUGGCAGGGGAAGUAUCAGAAAGGGAGAAUUGUCAAAUUGGAAAGAUGAAGAAGAAUGAUGAAGGGAGCAAGUUCCUGGAAAGAACUUGUGUCAGCAAGAGAGGAAAAGAUAGGUAAAAGUGAAAAUCUAGGAUUCUUAACUUUUUUGUUUGUUUGUUUUAUAGAUUCUUUAGCAAUUGGUUAAAAUCUAUUCCCUUCCCAGAAUAAUGUUUUUAAGUACAUAAAACAGAAUACAAAGAAUUACAAAGGAAACCAAAAGUUAAUGAACUGAACAUAUAUUUUUCCCAUCAAAGUUCACAGAUCUGGUGAAAUCUAUCUAUGACUCCCCAAUAUGACUGAAAAUAAAGACAUUUUGAAGGAUGAUAAUAUGAUAAAUUUGAGAAUUACUAAAUUCAAGAUGGGUGAUCUUGAUUUUUAUAGGAUCAUAGAUUCUGGGCUAAAAGGGAGCUUAAAAGAUACCUAAUCCCUUUAUUUUGCUAAUGGGAAAACAAAGGCAACAAAAAUUUAAAUUCCUUGCCCAAGAUUAUAUAAGUGAUAGAUGGUCAUAAUGGAUAGUCUUUAUUUUUUCAGCAAAGUGAAAAGGGAAAGUCAUCUGCUUAGAAUAGAAGAUGAAGUUGCUUGGAUGGAUUUGAGAAGAGAGGAGGUGAUUCAGAACUGCACCCAUAGGUAUUAUGAUAGAAAGCUAAUUGAAGGAGUAGGAAAGGAUUGCCACUCAGAAAGAAAGGUCUGUUAGUGAUUAGCUAAGCAUGAAUUUUUAGCAGAUGUUAAGAUGAUCAUAUAAACAGUGAUGAAUGAUGAUAGGAGUGACUCAAGAUUUAGUACGGUUGAGAACAAUAAUAGGCGAUAAAAGCAAAAACACAGGAAGAGAAAACAAUGAAUAGCUGAAAUACGAAAAUAGGAAAGGAAAGCCAGAACAGGGGUGAAGUAAAACUGGAGGUCAAAGUGAAGACGAAUAAGUUUAGGAGGAAUGGAAUAAAGUGAGAGAUGGGAGGUAAUGAUUGUUAAAAAAAAAAAAAAAAAAGGUGAAAUAGAUGGUGGUGAUAUCUGAAAAUUAGAUGUAUAAUAGAUUGAAGAUAUCAAUCAUUAGGUAUGAAGAGGUUGAUGAACUGUGAGGCAGAUGCUCAAGGGAACUUCAUAAUACAUAUUGAAUUCAUCUUAUUUUUAUCCCCAAAUUAAUAAACACUUGAUAAAAAUAAAUAUUUCCUUAUACAUUAUAGAACAAAUGGAGGGUAUUAUAUAUGCAUAUUAACUUUUCUUUUUAAAUAAAUGAAUUCAACAUGUAAUUUUCAAAGCUGUGCUGCUUUUCUAUGAUUCCUUCUUUUUUCUGUUCCUCUCUUUUUUGGAGUGCAGAGGGGGAGUAGAGUGGAAAGAGGAACAUUUUUUCAUCUCACCUACCCUCUUCUUACUGAAAAUUUUUUAGAAGAUUAACCAAAGUCUUAUAAAAAUAUGCAGAGUAAAGUUAUCAAGACUAUGGAAGUCAUUAUCCCAAUUUUCAUUUUCACUGGCAAGAUCUCCUCUUCAGCAUUCUAAGGGUAACACCAAGGGUUUGUGUGAUUUUUCUUUAAUGCUAUUAACUCAUUUCAUUUCUUAUUUCAGUGUUCUUCUCAAUCUCAACAGUAGUUAUCUAACAUCAUUGAUAAUCAAUUAACACUAAUUUGUUUUUUAAAAAUAGGUUUUUAAUUUAUGUAUUUUUAUAUCACCAUAAUUUUCCUUACUGUGUUUCCCUCUUUCUUCCUCAAAGAACUAUUCCAUAUAACAGACAAUAAUAAGGUGACUCAGGAUUUUUAAGCUUCCUGGGGGCUUCUUUGGUUAGUACAUCGGGGAGAAUACUAAAUUCCUUAUACCCUCACAUCUAUUCUUAUACCCAAUUAGGCCAACAAAGAGUCUGUUGGUGCUUGUAUGUUCUGUAUACAUGAAGAGCUUUUUAUUUGUUAAUAAACCUGAUUUUUAA